AUUAAGUAUGGUCAUUAUUUUGAUUCUUUGCGACCGAUGUCAAAUGUUACAAACGCAUACAACAUUUGAGAGAAGUCCCUGAAUGCACCGAAUUUCAAGAACUAAUUUUACGGUUGCUUACAAUUUGACAAUUUAAUUCCAGUAUUGGCCAGUGAACAAAAUGAAACUUAAUCGAGCUAAACAAAUACAUUCUAAAUCUAAAUUAAUUCAAUAAAAUGCCAUGAAAGCUACUGCGCAAUAUGCGCAAAUGUUGCGCUGAAGACUCGCAUGAAGGCAAACAACAUUUCCUCGAAUGUGAUGCUAUUGCGCAUAUGACUACAGCACAGCAAAGCGAACGAUGUCAACUUUAACUCUGACGCUCCUUAGUACAAUAAUAUGUUGCUCUUUGACAGAACAGCCAUCAAAUGUUUCAUCUCCAAACAUUAUCAUCAUGCUCAUGGAUGACAUGGGCUGGGGGGACCUAGGUGUCUUGGGACAGCCCUCCAAAGAGACCCCCAACCUGGAUACCAUGGCUGCUCAGGGCAUGCUGCUGCCAAACUUCUACACUGCCAACCCCCUCUGUUCCCCAUCUAGAGCUGCGCUUCUCACUGGGAGGCUGCCUGUCAGAAAUGGUUUCUACACCACUAAUGCUCACGCUAGAAAUGCAUACACACCUCAGGAGAUAGUGGGAGGAAUCUCUAAGGAAGAGAUUUUAUUACCCCAGAUGCUGAAGAAAAAGGGCUAUGUCAGCAAGAUAGUUGGCAAGUGGCAUCUGGGCCACAGAUCACAGUACCUUCCUCUGGAGAAUGGUUUUGAUGAAUGGUUUGGCUCUCCAAACUGCCACUUUGGCCCCUACAACAACAGCAUCACGCCCAACAUCCCUGUCUACAACAACUCCGAGAUGAUUGGCAGAUACUAUGAGGAUUUUAAGAUUGACCGGAAGACCGGAGAAUCCAACCUCACACAGAUAUACUUGGAGGAAGGUCUUGACUUCAUACUUCGUCAGACUAAGGCCCGAAGGCCAUUCUUUCUCUACUGGGCAGCCGAUGCCACUCACGCCCCCGUCUAUGCCUCCGAACGCUUCCUAGGGAAGAGCCAGAGAGGACGGUAUGGAGAUGCAGUGAUGGAACUGGACUACAGCGUUGGUCAGAUCUUGUCAUUGCUGCGGACUCUGGGCAUUGAAAAUAAUACCUUUGUCUUCUUCACUUCAGACAAUGGAGCUGCUCUGGUAUCGGCCCCGUAUGAAGGUGGCAGUAAUGGGCCAUUCCUCUGUGGGAAGGAGACCACCUUUGAAGGGGGCAUGAGGGAGCCUGCCAUUGCCUGGUGGCCUGGACACAUCAAAGAAGGCACAGUGAGCUACCAAUUGGCCAAUGUCAUGGACCUGUUCACCACCAGUUUGGCUCUAGCCGGCAUUAGCCCCCCUGAUGAUAGAGCCAUGGAUGGACUGGACCUGACACCAAUCUGAGCAUUAUUUCUCUAUCCUCUCGACCUCAACAGGCCAAUCUUCUAUUACCGUGGGAAUGAGCUGAUGGCUGUGAGGCUUGGACAAUACAAGGCUCAUUACUGGACCUGGAGCAACUCAUGGGAGGAGCUGGAAAUGGGUAUAAACUUCUGUCCAGGUCAAGAAGUCCCUGGUGUGACCACUCACAUCCAGAAGGAGCACACACUGCAGCCAAUCAUUUUCCACCUGGGACGGGAUCCUGGGGAAAAGUUCCCAAUCAGAGUUUUGACUGAGGAGUACCAGGAUGUGCUGAGCAGGAUCUCUCCUGUCGUGGAGGAGCAUGUGAAGAAUCUGGUGCCUGGCGUUCCCCAGCUCAACAUGUGUGACUUAGCCGUGAUGAACUGGGCCCCUGCAGGCUGUGAGAAGUUGGGAAAGUGUCUUAAAGGGCCCGUGUCUGAUCCCUGGAAGUGCGAGUGGCCUCACUGAGUAUAAAACUGCUGAGAAGAAUCAGGAAGGAAACCCUAGAGAUGUGCCUUUCUACAGAGUAACAUACAGCCUUAUUAUUUAAAAGAAAAUAUUUGAUGUUUUAAGAUAGUUUGUGGACAACACAAUGCUGAAAAAAGCCAUAGAAACACCAAGGGAAUUGUAACAGCAGAACAUUAUGGAAAUAACUUUUAUAGCUGUGAUUUUAAUGAGCCAAACAACUUCUACCCAUUUUAGAAAGUCACUGCAUCAAGAGACAUGAUUCAUUUAAUGAUGCAGAGCACAUAGGGAAAUGCAUUUAUUCUGAUCAGUCUGAUAUUUUACAUACUUAUUGAAAAGGGGAGGGUUUAUAUACAUGCUGCACUGCAAAAGUGUUUUUAAUAAAAGUGUUUUUAUUGUGUUUUACAAAGACUGAGUCUGGUAUAUGUAAAAAAAAAA